AUGCGGUUCAAACAUUUGGACACGCUCACCUUCGAUCACGCGAUCACCAAACACCUCGUAGAAACUGUCGAGGAGCUGGAAAUUGUUGACUCAAGAGCACUGAUACACUUCAUCCUGCCCAGUGCGAGCGCCAUCCAGCGUCUGACCAUUGCGAGGACACAGCUCAACUGGAUCCACUUCCAGCCCAACGAGGCUGUCCUGCUGGUGUCGAUCGUUUCCAGCAAUCUGCAGCUGGUGCCACCAUCGCUACGAAACCUCAACAAUGUAAAGUACAUCAAGCUGCAAAAGUCCUACAUCCGUUACCUUAACCUGGACCUGCUGCAGUGGUUGCGCAAGCUGGACACGCUGGACCUGAUGUACAACAAAAUACACACCCUCGCUAGCACUCUCCAGUGUCUGCAGCAGCACAACCUCAUCACACUCAAUCUCCGUAACAAUCAGCUCAGAAUACUAAAUCUCGAGCUUCUGCCGCUGAUUGGAUUGUUUGAGCAAGUGGACCUAUCGCACAAUAAAAUUGAGCUGCUGGUAGGGCGGUUCUCGAGCGACCAUCUCCAAACUCUGAUCGUUUCCCACAAUCGACUCAAAGUGAUCGACUUUUGCCAGUGGGAUGCAAUGCCGACUCUUGCAAAGAUGUCGUUCGAGGCGAACGAGCUGACCCGCGUUCCCAACUGCAUACAUCACCUGCCGAACCUCAGCUACGUUGGGUUCGGGAGCAACAAGUUCACCCAGGUCGACAUGGAACGCUUCGGUGAGCUGGACAAUCUUACGACUUUGGAUUUUUCUGCAAACCGAAUCUCGCUCAUCACGUUCCGAGAGGAAAACUAUCCCGCGCCGUUCUUCGUUGGGCUCCUUGCCUUCAUCUCCAGCUGGGCAGUUGGCUUCCAGUGGUACUGUAGCGAUUACGACGGGGUUGAGUGCACCAUCCAUUAUCUUGGCGUGCUGAAGACUGAUCUCUCCAAGCUAAAAAACGUCACACACGGGGCAACAUUCAUACGCUUCACGCGCGUCAAAGCGUUGACGGUAGAUCAGGCCACGAUCGUACACCUGCCCGACACGGUGCGGAAGCUGGAAAUCACUGACUCGCAACCGGUGCAGAUCAUCAUAAUUCCGAGCUAUCUCGCCAUCACCUGCCUGUUCGUGCAUAUAACGCAGCUCAGAUGGAUCCACUUCCAGCCGAACGAUGCCGUGCGGGAGCUGUCCAUUAGGAUCAGCAAUCUGCAGCAGAUCCCGCCAACGAUUAAAAAUUUGACAAAUUUACAACACAUCAGUCUGCAGCAUUCGCACCUCCAGCAUCUUAACCUGGACCUGCUGCAUUGGUGUCGGUUUUUGCAUACGGUCGAUCUGAGCUACAACGAAAUCCACACAAUCACCAGUACGCCGCACGCCGGACAGCAGCGACAGCUCAGUUCCCUUAUUUUGAACCACAAUCAGCUGAGUGUGCUGAAUCUCGAGGUACUCGCACCGAUCGGAUGGUUCGCGUAUGUAGAUUUCUCGUACAACAAGAUCGAACUGCUCGUUGGCCGAUUCUCGAGCGAGCACAUGGCAACGGUUUCUUUCGCCUACAACCGUCUGAAAACGGUCGACUUUUGCCAAUGGGAGCAGGUCACGAACUUAACCUUUAUAUCGUUCUUAUCCAACGAACUCACCAGUGUGCCAAACUGUAUCAACCGGCUGACGAACCUUACCGCCGUAAGCUUUAUGAGUAACCAGCUGACCAGUGUCACCAUGGACGCAUUUGCCGAUAUGGACAAUCUAACGUCACUGUACCUGUCGUACAACAACAUACGAUCGAUCACUGUCCACGAGGGAAGAUAUCCCAAGCAACUUCAGCAGCUCUUUCUUAGAGGCAACAAGCACAAAUGUGACAAUCACCUGUUCGGCCAACCGUUCUGUUCGCAAUAA